AUGGCAAAGGAUAUUGAAUUCUCAACUUCGGAAAACAAGUUCAUUUUAGAUGCAUUGAGGCAAAAUCUUAGACUUGAUGGAAGAUCCUUUGAUCAGUUUCGAGAUGUUGACAUUAAAUUUGGUAAAGAAUAUGGUGAUGUAACCGUUACAAUGGGGAAGACCAAGAUACACUGUAGGAUAAGUUGCCAGAUAGCCCAACCUUAUGAAGACAGACCUUUUGAAGGUUUAUUUCUAAUAUCCACGGAGACAUCACCCAUGGCGGGACCUCAAUUUGAAAACGGUAACAGUACCGGUGAAGAUGAAGUCUUAUGUGUAAGAAUUAUCGAAAAGGCCGUGAGAAGAUCUGGUGCUCUAGAUGUUGAAGGAUUGUGCAUUGUAGCAGGUAGUAAAUGUUGGGCAAUUAGAGCGGAUGUGCAUUUCUUAGAUUGUGAUGGUGGUUUAUUAGAUGCAUCUUGUAUUGCAGUGAUGACAGCACUGUUACAUUUCAAAAAACCUGAUAUUACGGUACUUGGUGAUAGAGUUACUGUACAUCCUACAGAUGAAAGAGAGCCUGUACCUCUUGGGAUUCUACACAUCCCCAUUUGUGUUACUUUCUCUUUCUUUAAUCCUCAAGAUACCGAGGAAAACAUCAAAGGUGAUUCUAACGCGGAGAUAGCCAUUAUAGAUGCAAAUUUGAAAGAGGAAUUACUUCGAGACGGUACUUUAACGGUGACGCUAAAUAAAAACCGAGAAGUGGUACAAGUUUCUAAAGCUGGUGGAUUGCCCAUGGAUGCACUUUCAUUAAUGGAGAAUUGUUACAAGGCCUAUACUAUUACUGAGAAAUUAACUGAUCAAAUACUGGCGUGUGUGAAGGAAGAUGACUCUAAGAGAAAUCAAUACGCAGGCCUUUUGAGUUCUGAAAACGCCCGUGAUGCUACUUAA